CCUUCUUGCAUAUAUAGAUGCAGCUGUUAAGCAGUGGGCUCAGAACCGUCUCCGAGGCAUUGCUGGUGCUUUUCAUCAACUGAGAGAUCAGAGAUGUCCCAGCCUGAGGAUGCCCCCAUUAAAAAGAAGAGACCAGUGAUGAAGGAGGAAGAUCUCAAAGGGGCAAAAAAUAAGCUUGGCAAACAAACUCCAAUCAAAUCCAAGACGUACAUGGUUAUGAAAGAAUGUGAACAAGCUGGAAGUGCAGCUCCAUCUGUGUUUAGCCAGAACAGGACGGGAGUGGAGACCGCCUUUGAGAAACCAAAAGAAGGACCGGCAAAGAGUGUAUUUGGAUGAAUAGCAAUAAGGAUUUAAAAAAAAAACAACAUCAAAAAAACACUUUAAUAUCUAUGAUUGUGAAUGCACCGCGUGAAAGUCUUACAUUCUGCUGGCUAUUUUCAACCAUUUACUUUUGAAGUUAUUUGUGCUGCAGCAGCUUAUAUGUGAUGAAAGGUAUACAGUACCUUGUUUAAAUCAUUAUUUUCUACUUUGUAAAUCAUUAUUUUCUACAAGUUAUGAGUGGACUAUGCCUCUCAGUAUGGAAUCACCAGUGAAAUUGAUGGACCUUAUUAGCUGUAGUAAUGAAAUUGGUAGCAUUUUACACAAACCUGGCCAUAAAGAAAUGGCGUCUGUGAUUAGGCUGUGCUAUCCAGAUUUAUGUGCCCAGUUCAAAGUUUAUUAACGUCUGUUGACAUUAACUUAAAAACGCCCAGCAAUAUUUAACCAGGCAGUAUACUUUUUGUUUUUUGUUUGUCCUUUUGAUAUUUGUUAGAUUCUAUUGGCCUUGAAUUUCCCCCAUCAUUGCUGUAAUCCCAUCAUUGCUGUAAUAGUGAAUAUAACCCCUAUAUUAACAGUACAGUAAUAGCUAUGUAUAAAUCCCCUCAAGAUAAUGCAUAGACAUCAUGUUUUUCUAAGGAUUUGAUCUCUGUGGGAAAUUGCUGCCAUUUCAGGGGUUACUGUGUUUAUGGGGCCUAGCAGGGGCGGAUCUGCCAUAGUGCUCACCAGGAAGAUUCCUGGUAGGCCGACGUGCCGGUGGGGCCUAUUUUUGUGUUUUGUUAUGUGGCCCCACCCCCUACCUGAUAGGCAGUCCACCGCAGUCAGUACACUGCAUUGUCCCCAUUCAUUCUGUUAUUCCAUCUCUGCAGUACAGCAACUCUGCCAUCCAGUGACACUGCCAUGGCUACACGGCAUGUUAUACCUCUUGUGCUGCCCAUGUCUGGCCACUUCCACAAAAUUUUACAGGGACACUUUUAAUUCCCAAUCUGCCCCUGAUCUCAGACACAACUGCAGCAAAAGAUGCAAGGAAAGCUGCAACUGCGUGCAAUUAGGCAUUAUGAGGAGGAAUCCCGCCCCUCUCAAACAGAUCCCACCCCCUCAUCAGACCACACCCUCAUUAGGUCUGCUUCUAUACAUUUCUCGGGCUGGUUUUCCAUCCCAAUCUGCCCCUGGGGCCUAGCACUACUAGUCCAUCAAUCCUCUGCUAACCACUUCUGUCGUCAUGGAGCCCGCCAAUGCUGAACUACAUACAGUAUCAUUACAUAUCACUCUCAACCUAACUUUGGCUUUCUGAGCAAUGUUCACUCUCUUUCCUAACUUGGAUACAGGUGUUUGUGUCUUAUAUCAGCUGUUUUUUAUUCUACUUUUUUGCCAAUAAACAUCUAAAAAUUAUAAA